UCUCUUAAAGAGACCAGUCAAUCUCUAUCUUCAAUGGAUACAGACGCGAAAAUGUCAUCCCUUGAGCCAAUGGACCUCCUCUCAGAAUCAUGGUGCAGCUCAGCCAUCCAAGUCUUUCAACCAGCAAUUAGAGAGAGUUCCAUCAUGCCACUUGAAACCAAUAACAACUCUCCAUCACUGAAGAGUGAUAAAAACCUCAAGUUGGAAGAUGGUGAGAGCAAGUUAUUACCACCAUGGAAACUUGAUGAUUUGAAGUCAUGGAUAUGGGUGCAACAGGCAAUGCAUCCUGAACUCGAUUAUGAUAUAUGCUUCAGAAAGAAAUGGUUCUCCAAGAAGUUCAAAUCAUGGACAGGGAACUCAAUAAAGAAAUGGGUGAAGGAAAUGAAACGGAAGAGGAAGGAGGAGGAACGACUACAAAGAGCAGAGGUGCAUGCAGCCAUAUCAGUUGCAGGGGUUGCAUCUGCACUUGCAGCCAUCGCAGCAGAUAAUACAGCUGCCAAUCAAGCAAAGUCAUUGAAGGAAACAGCAGUGGCCUCUGCUGCUGCUUUAAUCGCAGCCCAAUGUGCACAAGUUGCAGAAGCUGCAGGUGCAAGGAAGGAUCAGCUUGCUUCAGCUAUCGAUGCUGCCACAACUGCUACUGAUGCAAGCAACAUCAUCACCCUCACUGCUGCUGCAGCAACAUCAUUAAGAGGUGCAGCAACACUACGGGGAAGGCCAGAUCACAAGGAGAGGAUAAAGGGGAGUGCAUUAAGAAAUGGGAAUGACGGGGUUGACUUUGACUAUGAGAGGUGCAGGGCAUUGCUGGCAAAGGGAGAGGAGCUUCAAGUGAGAACACCAGAUGGGAAAUGCAGGUUUAGGACAGUGACUAUUGUUCUUAACAUAGAUGGUCAGGUCCUUUUAAAGAUAAAGAAACUCCAUCUUCUGACUGUCUUUUCAAGUGCCAAAGAAAGUAUCGUGUACAACUUGCACGGAAAGCCUGUUAAAGAGCCCAUUGAGGACGGUGUUGCAUAUUUCUCCAUCAAUAUGACAACAAGCCAGGGAAGGAUAGAACUCAUAAUUGAUGAUUACAUGCAAUACAGAACAUGGACGGUGACCAUAAAUCACAUGCUAAUGCUCACCGCAAGCUUUGGAAAAUGUGGAAGUCCACUUCUGUAGAAACUGUAUUCGAUUGAUUGUGCAAAAAAAAUUGUGAAUUUUUACUCUUUUUUCAUGUUCACAAAUGUUUGAACAUAGGGAAUAAUGUGUGAAGUUUGUAUCUUGCUACAUGUGUUUGUGAUUUCAACAUAUAUUUAUAAAUAAA